AAACCCCGGGAAAGAGAAAAAUUUGAACCCGUGAAAUUUUCCUCUUAUAAAAAACAAUUAUGCCUCCAAAUAGGAAUUCCCGCAGCUAAUGAAAAGGAAGAGUAUGGACAAGAUUUAGACUUUGAUGGUGUAGAUUACGAUUUGAACUACACCGAAAAUACCGGGUUCUGAUAAAAAGAAUCAUGAGACAAUCAAAAAUUCAACGGAGAAUCGGAAACAUAUUUAUAUUUCAGUGGAAUUUCCUCGUGGGCAGAAUAAAAGGUCAAAAUUGUUUCGAUAAGAUGAUCUCGUGAUUAUUGUGGACAACCGUAAUAUGGAACACGUUUUUGGACCGGUCAUUAAAAAGCUAAUGGAAACUCUAAGACAAAGAUGGAAAAUAAAGAAAAUUCGAUGGAUCUAACACUAACAGAAUAGCAUGA